AUGUUUAGAAAACGUCAAGGUACGUCAGCAGUUCACGGCCACUUGUAUGAAACUAAACUAUUAAGCCUAGUACUAUUUAAAGCACAAUAUGACAAUAAUAUCAGAGAAUUUUAUUUAGCUACCAAUAUAGCCGACAUUGGCGUCUUUGACGAUAUUUGUUUUAAAGCAAAAAUGAAUGAAGAUGGCCCUCCCUUAGUCGUAUUUAUACAGGCUAAACAUAGUAAAAGUACAAUUGCAGACCUUAACAAGAAAAGUAACUUAUUAAAAUAUUUUAAUAGUUAUGUAAAAAUUAAAAACAAAUUUGACCCUGCUACUGAUGAUAAUAUAUUCAACGAAGAUUUUAAGGAAACUGAAUGUUAUUUUGUUGUCUAUACAAUUGCGGAAGGUAAUAAAAAUGUUAAUAAUAUCGAAAACCCUUUAGUUUUAAAUAGCUUGAUAGCCACAGGCCCAGUUAUAGCUCAACCACUGUAUAGUGAAAACAAUGUACAGUUUAUAGCUAAAAUAAUUACAGCCAAGAGGCUUGCUGAAAGCUUUGCCAAGUUUCUAUAUGAUAAAUAUCAUAAUCAAUGCAGGGCGUUAACGGAUUUUGAAAAUGAUAUAAUAAUUUACUACCAUGUAAUUUUAGCUAAAGAAGUGGUUCAUGUUUGUGAAAUGGCAAAUACUCAUCAACGUAAAUGCAAAUUUCGUGAUGACUUCGUUAAUACCACAGAUCCGUUUCUUACAAUGUUUCGAGAUCAUUUUUAUAUAGAAAUACUUAAAAAACAGGAUGUCGAUAAAAUAACACAGGAUACAUUAUUGUCAGAGUUUUUGACUCGACCGGCAGAAGAUACUUUACGUCCUGUGAUUGGAAGAAUAAUUUUGUACGAUGAUGGUAAAUUUGAAUUUGUUCAAAAACAUAGAUCACUUGCUUCAAGAGAAGAGUUGAGGCAAAUUAAUUUGCCGGAAUUCACCGUAAAAUUAGCUAUUAAACAAGCCGCACUGAAUAUAUUGCAGUCAUCUGAUAUGAAUUUUAAGGUACCGAUUACGUUUGGUAAUAUAGAUAUCAAAGUUCAAAAUAUAAACAAUCUCACUGCAAAAAUCAGCUAUUUGCUAAAUUGUGCUGUACCUACAGUUAGAUCUGACGGCAAAAUUAUCAAAUUAGUUACUAUUAAUGAAACAGCAACAGAUAAAAUUUUAGUCCUUAACCGUAACCUUGGCAGCGCCGUAGGUAAUAUACUAAUAUAUGAUGAAGGAGAAAACCUUGGGAAUGGUUACCUUAAAUUCAUAGAAAAUAAUGCAUUGCUAAAUCCAAAUGCCAAAACCGUGCUAGAUAAAUUGCUAAGUAAAUUCAAAACCUUGAAAGAGUACAGAAUUGACGUAAAAAAUUUACAGCUUCCGAAGCUUACUUACGACUAUGUUAAUGAAGAAUUAACAAGAGAUUUUUUAAGUAAACUGGUUCUGUAUACAGACCAAGCUUCUCAAAGUGGCGUGGAGACUAUAUUAAAAGAAUUAAUACAAAGCCGACAAAUCACCAACACACAAAAUUUUCGCAUUAAGUCUGAAGCAAUUUUUCUUAAAUACCACGAUAAAAUACAAUCAUGGUGGAUAUCAUCAUCUGAAAAAGUACCGUACUUAACAAAAACACGUAAUAUAUAUCAAGAGACAGUUGAUGGUAUUGUGAAUAAUUCUCUAAUAACUAUUACAAGUAUGAUGUAUGUGAAUAAAUUAAAAUUUAUUAAUUAUACGUUCAAUGAAAGUGCAAUUAAUUCGUUGUCAUCUUCGUUGGACAUAUUUACUAAAUCAGAAUUGGUUGGUGAACUUCCUAAACUUAUUAUAGUUACAGAUAGCGCAAGGCUAACGGUCACUAAAAUAAUGAAAAUAUUAAAAAAUCCAUUCGUAGUUUUAGACUUUCAGUACAUACUUAAAAUAUUAGCUGAUGACUACCACGCAUUGAUUUCGGAGUUGGAAAGUGCCAACAUAGAGGAUACUUUCAUUCUUGUGUGUGAUUUAGAUAAUUUUGCAACUUCAACUGAAAAUUAUAGAAUACACGAAAAAUUAAAAAAAAUCGCUAGUUUGUUAGAAAAGAAGAAGAAAAUUAUUAUUACAAAUGAAAUAAUUAUUGAAACUGUUUCCAAAUAUUUUCCAAGCAUAGAUAAAUCACCAUGCACUGAGUUACACAGUUUAGUCGACUUUUGUCCUGAGUCAAGAAAAUAUAUUUUAGAAAAUUGUCAAGUAUUGUUUCAAGGUCAGAAUAUAAGUUUGAAUAAGAUAAUAGGUCAUGAUAUAGAGAAGUUAAAGUCAAAAGAUUUUAUAAAAGGACAGGUGUUACAUAAAAUAAUAUUUAGUAAAAGCAUCAUACUUGGUGAUUCGCUUGCUGAUCCAAAUUAUAUCAGCAUUAAACAUUUAUACAUAGACAGAAGAUUAGUUCGUAAUCAGACAACUAUAGAAUUGCAAACGUUACACGAUGUUACAGGCGAUGUUGUUAUUUUAACUGGUAAACCUGGAAUGGGCAAGUCUACGUUAUUGACUCAUUUAUCACUCAAAACUAAAAAACUCAAUAAUAAGCUUUGGAUAGUAAAAAUAAAUUUAUUAGAUCAUUCUGCAGAGCUACGAGAUCUAAAGAAUAAAGGAGCUAUUAAUAUUCUCGAAAUUUUAAAGUUUAUGUGUAUAGUCCUAUUAAAGAUAAAAAAACAAAACAGGGAAAUUUCUCUUAAUUUAACUAAUUUAACAAUUUCUUUGAAUAAGUGUGACGGUGAAGUAUACAUAGAUGAAUUUUCAGGCGAUAGAUGGGCUAGAUUUGAAUUGGAAAUAUUUGUCCACUUUUAUAAUAAAGGACAUGUAGUAUUUUUGUUCGAUGGCUUUGAUGAAAUAUGUCCCCAUUAUAAAGAGACCGUCAUAAAAUUAGUUAAUAUUCUUAAAAAAGAUGCCCGAAAUAAGAAAGUCGAUUGGUCGAAGUGGCUGCCGUGGCCUCAAGUGUGGAUAACUAGUAGAGCAUACAACGAAUUGCAAUCAGUUUUGGAACACCAUUUCAGUGCGCCUUAUGAAUUAGAAUUUUUUUCCCCGGAUCAGUUUACUAUAUAUUUAGAAAAAUUUUGGCAGACUAAUAUAAUAUUCUCCGAGUUUAAUAAGAACAUUAUAGAUAGAAUAAAAUUAUUUUUAGAUAAUACAUCAACAAAAAGAAUUGUAAAUAAUUUUACAUUAAGUCGUUCAUUAGGCAAAAUUCAUGGUUCCUUUAUUUAUUACUUAAUAGUCAAUUUCCCAGAAAUAGACGGCGCCAAGCGGUGGUUAAAUUUGUAUCGUACAGUAAAUUUUUUACGACAAUACGUCCCGAAAAAGACAGAUACUGCCUGUGAUAGUCCUGAAGUAGAAUGUCCGUUACUUAUAUGUUUAGCAGCAACUUAUUUCGUUACCUAUUUAAUACACCCUGAUGAAAACGACAAUGACACAAACAGUUUCAAUAUUAAGGCUUCCACUGUAUAUGAACAGUUAAUUGAAGCUGUAAUAAAGAAGCAUUAUGUAGAUAAAAAGAAAAUGAAUUUAGAUAUUACAUACAAUAUAAUAGACUAUGAAAGUAAACUGCAAAUGCACAAAGAAGUGCAUAAAACCAUUGCUGCAUAUGUAGUAUUCCGAAAUGAUAUUCGUAAUAUAUUCGAUAAGAAACAAUUAAUUAAUAUUGACCUUUUUAUAAAUACCAUAAAGAAGGGUGAAGAAGUUACGGGUCUUACAUGCAGCGUAUCAAACAAAGUACCCCAGUUCAUACAAAUAACAUUUGCGCAAUAUUUAGCUGCUGAAUUUUUAUUUGAUUUAUUAAAACGUGGCAAUAUGAAAAUUAAACAACGUGAACUAUUAACCAGUAUUCUGUACAAUCAGAUUGAUACAUUUUAUCUUUGGCUGAAUCAUAAAUUAGAAACGAACAAACAUAUUCUUUUUCAAAUAUUUAAUUUUUAA